AGUGUCACAUGCUUCCACAGACACGCCCUGAGCAGACGGUUUAAAAGUGCCCUGUUUCCCACCAAGAUUUACUUCAUCAGAGGAGUCCAACCUUCCUCUCCACGAUGAUGAUGACGAUGAUGAUGAUGAAAAUGAUGCAGGUGAUAUUAUUCGUAGCUCUGCUGGUUCUUGCGGCCUCAGCUCACACACAGUUUUAUCUGCCCAUCGACUGUGAUGACAUCUAUCGCCAUGACAACACCAGCUCCAGUGGGGUGUACACCAUCUACCCAGGCGGUCCCACCACGCCCCUGCAAGUCUACUGUGACAUGGACACUGACGGAGGCAGAUGGACUGUAAUUCACAGGAGGAUCGAUGGGACUGAAAACUUCUUUAGGCCCUGGAGGCACUAUAAGACUGGAUUUGGGAACGUGGCUGGAGAAUAUUGGCUUGGCCUGGAAAAUAUCUUCCUGCUGAGUAUGAGGAAGGAGAAUGAGCUGCGGGUCGACAUGGAGGACUGGGAGGGAGGGAAGGCGUCUGCCCAAUACUCCUCCUUCUCAAUCGAUACUGAGAACGCUGGUUACCAGCUUCACAUAGGCAGCUUCACUGGCGGAGCGGCAGGGGACGCUUUGGGAGAACACGACAACAUGAAGUUCACCACGUUUGACAAAGACCAGGACACAUGGGAUAAAAACUGCGCUCAGCAUUUUCUAGGCGGAUUUUGGUACCUCAACUGCCACGGGGCUAACCCCACCGGCAUGUACGCACCUCAUGGUGCCCUUCCUUUUAGCAACGCCCAAGUUACUUGGCAGAAGUGGAAGGGCGAUAACUACUCCCUCAAGACUGUUGUCAUGAAGAUCAGAUCAGCUGCUACAUGUACAUGCACACAUCAACCUGAUUAGCUAGAUUAUCAACCGAUUAGACUGUUAGGCUAUUAAAUAGGCCAUAUCAGCACCAUAGAUGUGGGUCAAUAGGGGCCUACUACACCCACUAGUUGGUUUCAUCAUCUAUUCAUAUGGUAUAUACUGUAUAUAUAUGUAAGCAUUUCUCAGGUCCAGGUUAAUAACAGACAGGGGACGCAUGUUAACUAAACUAAACACAAGGGGUCGCUCUAGUGUUGCUCAAUCUCAUUUGUCUUUAUGGGAGGGAACGGUGUGGUCUCAACAGGUAGGCUGACGUCAUCUCACUCGUGCAAAGAGAAGUCCAAACACAGAGUAAUCAUCUAGUGGUGCUGGAUGAAGAACUGACCAAGAUAUUAUUAUUGUAUUCCAAAUAUUUAAAUUUUGAUUACGUUUUUAGUAUUUGAAGCUAUUAACAUGUGACAGCAGUAAAAAUAAACCAACAUAACAGAAUAAAAAGUUGUCAUAUCAGACAUGAA